AUGAAGUUCAAAACCGGAGCCGCCGACCUCUUCUGAGAAGAAGGAAAUACUCUUUUUCUGUCUCUCUGGUUUCUACGGUCGCGCGGCAAUGGAAAGGGGAGGAGGCCUUCUCCACUUUUCCAGCUCUAGAAUUCCGGCGUCGACUCCCGUUCGCUUUUUCAUCUCCCGCACCCGAUGUUCUCUUCGAAGCGGCGAAAGGUCCGGAAAUCCCGAAAAGUCUAUGUUCGCCGACCGAUUCAGGUCUUUUCCUUGUUGGACAGAGAGUUUUCUCAGCAUGUACAAGGUAUUGCAUAAAUCCCAAUAUGCUGUGAAGGUUUUGAGCUCAUGUGAAUCACAAGAAGUAGCCAUGGAUGGCAAGGAGGCUGCCAGGAAUAAGUUUCUUAUUGAUUGCAAAACAGAUCAGCAAUGUGUUGUUGGUGGUAUAGUUGCGCUUGGCAAGUUUGAUGCCCUCCAUUUGGGUCAUCGGGAACUAGUGAUACAAGCAUCAAAGGUUGGGAUUCCUUUUCUACUUUCUUUUGCUGGAAUUGCAGAAGUACUUGGUUGGGAAUCCAGGCCUCCAAUAGUUGCAAAAUGUGACCGGAAACGAGUUCUCUGUUCUUGGGCCCCUUAUUGUAGCAACAUAGUUCCCUUAGAGUAUCAGAUUGAUUUCUCAAAUGUAAGGCAUCUCACUCCCAGACAAUUCGUUGAAAGGUUAGCCAAGGAACUCAGAGUAGGUGGAGUUGUGGCAGGUGCAAAUUAUAGAUUUGGAUAUAAAGCCUCAGGUGAUGCGAAAGAUCUUGUAAGAUUAUGCGAAGAAUAUGGUUUGUAUGCCUCUAUUGUAAGUCCUGUGAUGGACAAGACCUGGCAUGGCUCUCAAAAUGGAGCAAGUGUUGCCUGCAAUUCUGGUGACCUGGGACAGGUCUCCUCUACUCGCGUUCGCCGUUCUCUUGCCAUGCGCGAUAUGGCACAUGUUGCAGAGCUUUUAGGGAGGAAACAUCGACUCGUGCUCGUGCCGAUGAAUGAAAAGUAUCGGUUCGCAGAGAGUACUAUAGUCGCUCCGAAAUCUUGCUUGCUAAACCAGCCACCUGGUGAUGGUGAGUUCAACAACUGCACUUUUCUUUUAGAUGAUGUUACUGUUGGCUUGUGCAGGUUAGCCAUUGAUUCGAACAGCAUUAGGAUUGAGCUGGAUUGUGAGAACUUGUCAGAAAUCAAUUUGGUUCAAGAUGGCAGAUGCAUUGGCAUUGAAUUUUGAAGAUCAAGAAUAUUUAUAAAGAGAAGGUUAACAGGUCAGUUAUUAGAAAGUAUUAGUUGCAAUGGAUUGAAUUGAUUUUAUAAGCAGCAAGGAGCAGCUCUGUUUAAACUGAGAUGUGAAUAUAAGGAAAAUAUUGGUGGACAGAUUGCACUGCUGCAGCUUUACAUUAAAUAUUCUUCUGUUUUUUAUUUUUGUAAUUAGUAUAUGGAAAUCUUAUAUAUUAUAGCCUGAAAAGCUCAUUUCUGUGA